UUUCAUGAGCGAUACAUUGAGUUUUUCCUCCGUUGUCAACAAAGUCAUCAGUUAAAUACGCAGUAGAUAUUAACUAGAUAGUCACUAUUUACAAAAGCUGAAGAUUCAGCAGGAAUUUUGGUUAAAUAGACACAGUAAAGAAUAUUGUUGGCAAAAUGAACGUGAUUUUAGCUGUUAAGCAGUAUGUCACCAAAAUGAUAGAAAGCAGUGGACCAGGAAUGAAGGUUUUGCUCAUGGAUAAAGAGACGACCAGCUUCGUGAGUAUGGUUUACACACAAUCCGAGAUCCUGCAAAAGGAGGUCUACCUGUUUGAGAGGAUAGACUCUCAGAACCGUGACAGCAUGAAACAUCUCAAGGCCAUCUGCUUCCUGAGACCAACCAAGGAUAAUGUAGAGAAUCUGAUUCAUGAGCUGCGACGUCCCAAAUACAGUGUCUACUUUAUCUUUUUCAGUAAUGUCAUCAGUAAGAGUGAAGUGAAGGCCUUGGCAGAAGCUGACGAGCAGGAGGUUGUUGCAGAGGUGCAGGAGUUCUAUGGAGACUUCAUCGCUGUGAAUCCUCAUCUUUUCUCCCUCAAUCUACAAGGAGUGUCCAGGGGUCGUAGUUGGGAUCCCACUGUUCUUCCACAUGUCACUCAAGGUUUGACCUCCGUGCUGUUGGCCUUAAAGAAGUGUCCCAUGAUUCGUUACCAGCUCUCCUCUGACAUGGCCAAGAGACUGGCCGAAAGUGUUAAGCAAAUUAUCAGCAAGGAGUAUGAACUAUUUGACUUCAGAAAAACUGAAGUUCCUCCACUUCUACUGAUUCUGGACCGAAGUGAUGAUGCGAUCACACCGCUCCUUAACCAGUGGACAUAUCAGGCAAUGGUUCAUGAGCUGCUUGGCAUCAAUAACAACCGCAUAGAUCUGUCCCGAGUGCCUGGCAUCAGUAAAGACUUGAGAGAGGUGGUGCUGUCUGCAGAGAAUGAUGAAUUUUAUGCCAAUAACUUGUACUUGAACUUUGGUGAAAUUGGAACAAACAUUAAAAACCUGAUGGAGGACUUUCAGAAGAAAAAGCCAAAGGGCCAACAGAAACUAGAGUCAAUAGCCGACAUGAAGGCGUUUGUGGAUAACUACCCACAGUUUAAGAAGAUGUCGGGCACGGUUUCCAAGCAUGUGACGGUGGUGGGCGAGUUGUCUCGUCUCGUCAGUGAAAGGCAGCUUAUGGAGGUAUCUGAGGUGGAGCAGGAGCUUGCAUGCCAGAAUGAUCAUUCUAACGCCCAGCAGAGUGUGCGGCGUGCUCUGCAGAACCCACGUUUGACGGAGCUUGAUGCAGUGCGUCUGGUGAUGCUAUAUGCUCUGCGCUAUGAGAGACACAGCAGCAGUAUCUUGCCCAGUCUCAUGGAAGAGCUAAACAGGAGAGGGGUGUCUGAAAAAUACCGCAAGAUGGUACAAGCCGUGAUCGAGUAUGGAGGCAAACGGGUCAGAGGAAGUGAUCUCAUUACUCCUACAGAUGCCGUGGCCAUCACCAAACAGUUUUUCAAAGGACUUAAGGGUGUUGAGAAUGUCUAUACCCAGCAUCAGCCCCUGCUGCAUGAAACACUGGAUCAGCUAAUUAAAGGUCGUUUGAAGGACAGUCAGUUCCCCUACCUCGGGCCGAGUUCUCUACGGGACAGGCCACAGGACAUCAUUGUGUUCAUCAUCGGAGGAGCCACGUAUGAAGAAGCACUGACUGUGUACAACCUGAACCGCACCAUGCCAGGAGUUCGCAUUGUGCUUGGAGGAACAACCAUUCACAACACCACAAGCUUCCUGGAGGAGGUGACAUCAGCAGCUGGCCUGAGUCAUGGGGGAAACCGAGGGUCACAGGGAGCUGGGCGUGCACCAACCAGGCGCUGAACACUCUUCAGUAGUUUUCUUAUUAAUAUAAAACAGUGCUGCGUGUGCUUAGAGCUGAAAGCUUCUUUCAUGUAUCCAUCCUACUCAAUGCAGACAUUCCUCUCUCCAGUGUCCAAAAUAUACUCUAUUGUGAGUCAAAGAAAUACUUGAUAUGAUCCUGGUGUCCAGAACAGGAAAAAGUGAUUUGUAGAUGUAAGUUACACUCCAGAUCAUUGAUGUUCAUAAAUGUGAUCAGUAUGAUGGCUUAUGACAGCAUUACAUUAAGUAAGAAGAAUGCAAUCAGCCUCUCCCAAAACCUGACUGUACAGCCUGUAUAUUGUGUCUGAUUUGCUGUAUGUUAAUGAGGUUAUUCUAUAGUCAGGCUGUGACUUUUAAUGAACUGACUACAGAUAAUAUAUAUUUUACAUUAAUGUUUCUAAUGCCCAUGUGUACAGAGAUGCAUAUUCUCCCUUCUGAGUCAAAACCGGACCUUAACUCCAAACAUCUUUUUAAAAAGAUAACUGUAUGCAUAUCUAAUGCUGGUGUUAUUUAUUAAAGCUUAUUUCUGCAAUGGUGUAUAUAAUGCUUAUGUAUACUUGAACACUAUAAUGAAACUUUCUCAGCCACCACUAACCUUUAGUGAUUGUGCGAUUAAAACUAUUAAUUUCAAUUGAUUUAAUUAGAUGUUUGUGACAUACAGUACAUGGUUGAUCAUUGAUGACAUUCAGAAAAUGACUGAAUGGACACAUGGGCAUUUGCACUUAAUGUAAUACUUAAUGUAAGGUCAGGAAUGUGGACUGUUUCUGCCCGUUCUAAAUCAUAUCUAAGUUUUAUGUGACUGUGUCCUUGUGUGGCACCUUUUCUUUAUUCUUAUGAUUUCUCUUUGCGGUUGUACAGUGUGAUAUACUUUAAGAUAUUCUGAAGAAUGAAUAUUUUUGAAUUAAGUAUAAUAAACCAAAAUUAUAGUAUUGGUAAUCAC